AUGGGUUCGCGUCUCCGUCCACACUACCCCUCCUCUUCUGCUAAUGCCACACAGAUUACGGAUACAGCACAACAUCGUAUGGUGCUCAAGGAGGCAACAGUGGAGGAGGCUUCAUGCCUGGCUCCCAGGGCGAAGGUUCCGCGAACCAAAAGAAAGGCUAUGGCAAAGAUACUCUCCGUCCCGUUACGAUCAAGCAGCUCCACGACGCCGCCCACCCACAUCCUGACGCCGACCACUUCAUGAUCGACAACAGCGAAACGACGCAAGUUACAUUUAUCGGCCAAGUCCGCAAUAUCUCCACGCAGACAACGAACGUCACGUAUAAGCUAGACGACGGAACGGGCAUCAUCGAAGUGAAGCAAUGGAUUGAUGCCGAGGCCCUGCAAGAUCCCGAUGACCCCAGUAACCAGAAGCCCAAGCCCGUCGAAGAAGGCUAUGCGCGUGUGUGGGGAAGAUUAAAGGCGUUCAACAACAAGAGACAUGUGGGCGCAAACUACAUCAGGCCUAUUCAAGACUUCAACGAGAUCCAAUACCAUCUUCUCGAAGCGACAGUCGUGCAUCUGCAUUUCGCCAAGGGCCCACUUGAACAGCAAGCACAAGCAAAUGGAGGCGCAAAUGGAAUGACAAACGGCGGUCACCAGCAGGCAAAUGGGUACGCACAGCAAGACCCAGGACCCGGAAGCGUGAGCGCAGCGGCGAGGAAGAUCUUUGCGGUUUUGAAGCAGACGCCGCAGACAAACGAAGGUCUUCACGCGCAGGAUAUUGCCAUGCGAGUGGGCUUGGAGAUGUCGGAGGUAAUGAAAGCUGGAGACGAGUUGCUGAGCGGCGGAAAGAUCUACACAACCGUUGACGAUGCAACGUGGGCGCUGUUGGAACUGUAA